UCGCCUGCUUCGCACUGAUGCUGUCCGCGCGGGGCGGACAGUGGCGACUGGCGAGAGCGAGAGAGUUGCGCGUGUGAAGUUGCGCAGCGGCACUCUCGCGUCCAGGAAUCGCGGAUCGCGGCACGACGGUGGCCAGAGCGGGGCGAGUGGGGCAGCGGAUGACAAUGAUGGCCGCCACCAGCGAUGAACGGAGUGUUAUGGAGCCUGGGAAAACGAAUUCGGGGCAGAGCCAGCCCGUGGAUCGGCUGAAGCUGCUUUAUCCGAUGGUGGACGAGGAGAAGACGCCGCUGCCGCGCUCCUGGAGCACCAAGGACAAGUACAGCUACAUUGGCCUGUCGCAAAACAAUCUCCGCGUUCACUACAAAGAGAGUCGGGGCCGUCUUGGUUUUUCAGGUUACGGCAAAACCCAUAAAGACGCUGCCAGUGUUCGCACAACGCACUCGAUACCGGCUGCCUGCGGCUUGUACUACUUCGAGGUGAAAAUCGUGAGCAAGGGACGCGACGGUUACAUGGGCAUCGGCCUCUCGGCCUCAGGCGUCAACGUAAAUAGACUUCCCGGUUGGGAUAAGCAUUCAUAUGGUUACCACGGCGACGACGGUCACAGUUUCUGCUCAAGUGGCACCGGACAACCCUACGGCCCGACCUUCACCACUGGCGACGUGAUCGGUUGCGGUGUAAAUCUCGUUGACAACACCGCCUUCUACACGAAGAAUGGCCAUCACUUGGGCAUCGCCUUCACGGACCUUCCUCCCAAUCUCUUUCCGACGGUCGGUCUGCAGACUCCAGGCGAAGUGGUGGAUGCGAACUUCGGACAGUUGCCGUUUGUCUUCGACAUCGGGGACAUGAUCAACGAACUGCGCGUACGAACGAGAUUACAGAUCAUAAACUAUCCUACGCCAGACCACGGCCAGGGGCAGUGGCAGGCAAUUCUUCACAGAAUGGUGUGUACGUAUCUCGUCCAUCACGGGUAUCUCGACAGCGCCGAGGCAUUCGCCAGCAGCACGGGUCAGGUGUUCGAAGAGGAUUAUAACUCUAUCAAAAAUCGACAGAGGGUUAUAAAGCUGAUACUGUCCGGUCGUAUCGGCGAAGCGAUAGACACGACCAAUCGGUUAUACCCUGGUCUUCUCGACCGGGAUCCGGACCUGCUGUUCGCGCUCAAGUGCCGCCAGUUCGUGGAAAUGGUGAACGGCAGCGACUCGGAGGUCUGUCAGAACGGCAACCCCAAUCAGACCAGUGUAAUACAAUCGACCAAAGCGUACGUGAAGUCCGCAAACCCGUCUGGUACAGUGGAAGAGAUGAAUAUCAAUAACACGAUAAACGGCACCAGCCCACAGUUUGUCAACGGUCAGAUAGAAGAUGAUGUAGACAUGGAGGAAAACAGCGUCACCGGUGUGAACGGUAUCAAGAACAGUAACGGGUAUCAGAAUGGUAAUCUGGACUCGAAUGGGUACAAGUGUCAAAAUGGGGAGGAUGUAGAUAUGGAAAUCGACAACAGUGCCAAUCAGAGUCAGCAGCAGUGCAGUAACAUCACCGAUACUGUGACAUGUAAUAAAAAUAACAAGAAACAAUUGUGUGGUGGUAAUAAGCAGGCGAUCGAGAAAAUGUUGGAAUUCGGCAAACAAUUGUACUCACAGUCAGUGCACCUCAGGCAGCAGUACGGAAAGAACGAAAGCAAUAAGAAGAUGCUGCAAGACGCUUUCAGUCUUUUAGCGUACUCCAAUCCGUGGAAUUCACCAGUCGGCUGGCAGCUGAAUCCUCAGGAAAGAGAAACUGUCUGCGCGAGAUUGAAUUCUGCUAUUCUUGAGUCUAGUAACUUGUCCCGUCGGCCGCCGUUAGAAGUCGCGGCAUCACAUGCCAGGGAACUCGUUCGUUUGAUGUCGACUAAUGGCCUAGGGGCCUGCGGAUUCGCAGUAGUAGAUAAUAUUAUCCAAUAUUGACGGUGCCUACCUCUGCUACCACGUCCGCCUCUUCUACCAGUGCGAGUAUGGAUGCAGAGGCGGAACGUGGAGCAGAUUGUUCUGUUAACGCAGCAACAUCGCGAUGUCGCGUGCCUCUUCAGCUAGAGCAGCCGGAUUCAUCGGUGCCUUGGCUCGAUCUCACACCACAGACACGAACAUACAAGGUGAACGCUCAGACCUGCCAGCCAAAAUGACACCUCAUGAAUUUUUAGCUUAAAUCGGAUGGACGGUCACUUUGGAUAACUACUACGCCGACCAAGAACGAGAAGCGGCACGAUGCUGAUCCCCCGUUCCCGGUGGUCGAAUGCCCACCACGUCGAAUGCACACGUGGUUGACCAUUCACGUUUUUGACACUGUUGUGACUAUUUAUAUGAUUUUCUGUAUCCCUUUACUUUUUUCUCCCCCUUUUUAUUUUCUUUUGUUUUUGUAUCUGACGCCUUAGUUUAUCUUCGUUUUGCGAUCCACUCAGAUGUUCAUCGCGGCUAGCGCGUUACCUGGAUGUACGCGUGGCGAUGUCGGGACGAAUAUGUCUCGUAGUUAUCUCAGCCGCAAUAAUUCGCGCAUCAUUAGUUAGUAACCGCAAGCACUGUGCAAUAUGACGAUUUCACGACACGAGAAUAACUGUUGUCGCGGCGAUAGACGGAAGCUGAGAGGUCGUUUCAUGCGAAAGUGGCGCUUCUGCGAAGCUGCUGUUGUUCUGUGUCGUCAUACAAUUCUCGCGUUAGCUCGCGUAUCGCGCGCGGCACACCGGAGGGUAACGUGUAAUCAAAUUCAUUUUGCAUUUAAACGCGAGAUGUUCAAGGCGUAUUUAUUUAAUGACGGAAAAUCAAUCAAAUAUCCAAUCCGAUUAGAUGUAGACAAAAUUCGCUGGUUACGAAGGAGGAGUAAAUAGAUAACGCACUGUUAUACAUUGCGCUCUGUUCGCUUCGAAAAAAACUAAAGAAAGAAAAAAAACUUCGUCGCACGAGCCGAAUUAAUCUUCCGCAGACGUUAACACGAUUCUACUUAAUUUUCACUUAAUGCACCCUAACGAUAGAAAAUAUUCUUCCUUGAUAUUUUUUUGACGAAUCGGCGCGAAGAUUUCUCUUUGUAUCCUGAUUUUCGUAAUUAUUCUGGGAGCGGCGGAAGCAUGUUCAUUUUUGAGAUGGAUGACGUCUUACGUUUAUAUAAAUAGUUGCGAAAAACAAAAAAUCUGUAAACUUAACUAAGGAACGAUCUUGUACUCUAUAUUAAGUAAUUGUUUUUUAUAUGCGACAUAGUAUAUUAUUAUAUUAUAUAUAUUAUUAAAGAAAAAAAAGAAGAAAUCACAAAUAAGAAACUCGUAUGCAGCUAGGCGUAAGCGUGCGUUUAAAUACAAUAAUUUACUAUAUAUACAAAACAAAAAUUAUAUUAAUUAAAAUAGAAUUACUCGAAUUUAAAUCAUUUUUAGUGUUAUUGUUUUAUGUACUAUAGAUAGAGCUAUAAUAUGAAUAUGUGCGAAUACACAGCAGUGAUUUGGCCAAGAUGGUUUAUAAGUUAUUUUGUUUCGUCGCACAUGUUGUUGUUAUCGCGAUUAUCCCAUCAGGAUCUUCGUGUAAAUUUCACCUAAAACGAUCUAUUGUAACAAGCCGAACGAAAUUUGAUUUUGGGACUGAUCGUCAUUGUUAUUUGAAGAUUUGUUAGAGCACAAUCGUUUUGUUAUGCGCGACCGGCGAUAUACACAUUUGACGACGAACCUGCUCAUUCUUGUAUCGGACUAUUUCAUCGAGAUCUGCUCAGUAGGAUCGCCGGCGUCCUUGUCCCUGGACACUUUCGUUUGCAUCCUUCCAGUCGUUGCCUCCCGAAUAUGUCGUUUUGCCCUUUGCCUGCCUUUCCAAGUCUUUCGACGAUACUUUCAAAGUGCAUAUAUUUUAGGUAAUAAAGAUACAUUGUGUAAUAUAUAUACGUAUAUAUAUAUACAUACAUAUAUGUGCCUAUUUAACGUAACUUUAUUUUCGUUAUUGUUUAAUUAACGCUCGCACGAGGAAUACGUACGUUUACUCGUAAUACGUUCGACGUCGCACCGCUUUUUUUUGUUUCUCCGAAAAAUCGUCAGCCUGGCGCCGCGCCAGGAGAGGAUCUGUUACGUGGAUGUCGCGCCGCAUUCCUGUAUCAUGCACGUCCGCGAUGAGGCACGGGGGAACGCCGUUGCCCCUGUGUCCAUAACGAAAGAGGGUGAUGCAUAUUGCGUGUAUAGAAUAUGCACCAAUCACGUCGUUCACGUCGAAAGGUAAUAAAUGUUCACUCGAAGGACUUCCUUGAGAUCUUCUCUCACUCAAGCGAUUCCUGCAUAAAAUAUGUAGCUAGAGCGUUGUACGACAAGUGGUGAUGUUAAGUAGGGAAACAGUAACGCACUUUCUCGCUUUUACUUUUAACUAUUUCGCACUUUAACGCGAACGUGACACACGCACGCGCGCGUACACUCUUCUCCAAGGGAUAAUGUCGACGGCAAUCCAGAUGUUUCUAGACUACCGCGAUACGGCACCGCGACGAGUAUUAAUUUUCACCGAUUAACCCUUAUCCGGGAGGUCCAUUUUCUAAAGACAAACGGGUAAACGUGUAUAUUUUUUCUCUCUGAGAGUCUCGUAUAAAAAAAUAUAUAUUACACGUAUAUAAAUAUAUUUAUCUUUAUAUAAUCAAAGGCUACAUGUAUAAAAAAAAAACUUAUACGAAGUUAGGAAAUGUAUUUUAGGAGAUAACUUUAAAUUUCGAGGAAUUGAGUGCUUGCCCGGAUACGAGUUAAAUGCUGUUCAAUUAAUUGACGAUAAGCAUGGAGUAUUAUUGUGAUGUAAGUUUUCGCGGUGCACAACGAUACAUUGUUUCGCAUAAAACAAAAAGAAAGAGUCCCACUUCUUACGAUACUCAUUCACGUGCGUACGUACGUGCGCAUGUGCGUGUGCGUAUGUACACAGUAAAUAUAUAUAUUAUAUAUAUACUAUACUCUUUUUUUUUUUAUAUGACAAUGUAUAAUUGUAGUUUAUGUACGAGAGUUCAAGUAUCUUGGAUCCAGUUUUAGGGGGAAAACGGGCGAACGCAGUGGCGACGGCCAUCGAAUUAGUUAUUUCUAAACUCUCUGAGUAUAUGUUGAAACGUAUUUUAACAAUAGAAACGUUAUUUUUAUACGUGUACGACGUAGUUGUAUAUCAAACGAGCUGCGUGGCGCCGUGUGUAACGGAGAUAUCGCGACAUGUUACAACGCAUGUGUAGUAGAAAAAAAGAAAGAAAAGGAACAUUUCAAACAUUUUGUCGUCUUUAUAAGUUCCCUCCGUGUUAGGAGCCGACGUGCUCAGGGUGAUUCGGGAGAGCGGGUCUCCGCGCGCCGGCGAAACACUCUGUAUCACGAAUAAAAAAAAAGAAAAAAAAACCAAAUCGAAAGUUCAAACUGUUAACGUAUUUUUUAGCAAUACUUUGUAAUGAACGGGAAGGGUGUGAGAGGAAGAGAGGGCUCUUCCUGCGGAGCGUAGACGAUAAGAGCGACGUGCGAUAUUCUGGAAAUACAGCGUAACGACGACCAAGGCUUGCUGUACACGUCUCCUUUUUUUUCUUCUUUCCGUCUUAGUGAUACUGAUUAAGCACGCCGAACGAUGUCCGUCGGCCCGUGGCGAGGCAAAUCCUCACCACCUCGAAAAUAGUACGUUUAUUAAAGUACACCUUUAUUGAAGUGUUUUUUACGUGGUGGAAAUUUGAACAUGAAAUUGUUUACGAGAUGUUCACGACUGACAGAUAGUUCGAAAAAUGUUGUAUAUUUUCGGAAUGUUACAAAUGUUCGGGGAAUGUUUUAUUAAAAGUGUUCUAUAAAAGUCUUCAGAAUGUUGCAAAUGUUCCAAUGUAAAGCGUAGAAAACAUAGAACACUUAAUAAAACAUUCUGAAAACAUACAACACUUUUCGAACGUCUAUCAAACAAGAACAUCGUAAACAUCUCGUAGACGAUUCCAUGUUUAAAUUUCCAUCUUAUAAACACUUAAAUAAACGUUUUAAAACCCCAAUUAAACAUCCACUCGACACUUGUGCAAACAUCUUUAUAAACAUACUAUUUUCACCAGAGAAGCACGUCGAGAACGAAUCGCGACGAUGCACACUAUCCUCGGCUACCCUUGUGAGCUUUCGAUUACGGCGGCAGACGCUUCUGACAUUUCAAGAGAAAAUCAUAGCGUAUUCGAUUUGUUGACUCGAUUAGACCUCAAGUCGAUGGCCUGUUCUCUUCAGCUGGCGAAAGAAUGGAUAAACUGUGCGAGAAAUGUAGCUGAAAAGAACAACCUAUCGACUCGGCGCCAACAAAACGGGUCGAGUCAACAAAUCGGACAUGCUAUCGGAGUGUAACGUAUUAAGUAAUGUGUGAAUAAGUAAAGUACACGCGAGCAACUUGACGGGUACGAGACGUCCCUUAAACGGGGGUCGAUGUCGACAUGUAACUUCGACGCGGUUCGAGCGUGCACGCAGAAAAAAUAUUUCCGUGCCGAGAAAAGCGAUUAUACUCAAUUUUAGUUUUAUCCUUUUAAAUAAUCUUCAAACGAUUUUUAUAAAGAAUUGAUUUUCUUGAUAAUUGUCUAAAUGUUCAUCUCAUUUAUUUGAAACAGGUAAUAUUUACUCAAAAUGAACUUCUAUGCACACAAAAAAUACAUAAUGUAAAAUGUAAAUUAUUUGAAUUAAGUAAAUAUUAUUUAUUUCACAAAUAUUUUAUAAGUUUCACAAAUCUAUCAUAAGUUUAUCAUAACCAUCAUAUUUAUUCAAAUUAUGUUAUGAAUCUUGAUAAUUUAAUAUUUCAAGAAUAGCAAGUUGAAAUAAUAAUUUGCUUAUUAUUUUAACUUUCCUUCGAUAAAAAUUGUAUGAUAUUCUUCACAAGAGUAGAAAUUCUUUUUUCGCGUCUACAAUGAGUUUUAUAAUUCGUGCAAUGAAUAUAUUUAAGAUAAUUAUUGGGAAAAUAUUCUUUGUUAAAGAUAAUCGUAAUUUAUUGCUUAAAAGAAACAAAGUAAAGCUUUUCUUAGCAGUAGAAUUAAUUUUUCUCCGUGCAUAGGCGGACCUAAUUCGCGGCUUUUCGCGGUCGAUCCAGACGGGUUAAUUGCCAAAUUCAUAUUUUAAAAAAUAUACAAACUUUUUAACAAAUUUAUUUAUUAAUUGUCGAAAACGAGGAUAAAAUCGCAAAUCAAGGCGCUCGGGAAGCAGCCGGUGGCUCGAGCCGAGUGAAACUUUAAUCGCAUCCUGGUCCCUUGGCUUCGAACGACAUGCAGUUAAAAACAAAUCUACUCACUAGAAAUUUUAGUCCAAGAGGCGGCAUAGAGGACAGAAAUCCACCAAGUGUCGUACGAUUUUAUUGUGUGAGCAAGACUUUUCGAUUUUUCAUGCGAUUAUUAAAUAUUACUCAUGCGCUACCAGCGAUUGCGUUCUAGAGUCGUUUACACGGUAAUGAAGCGAGCUGUAUAUCUCUUACUUGUGUGCAAGCUGCAUAAAUCAUUGCGUGCGUCAUUCGGGUCGAGAUGAUCUUAGAAUAUGUUACUCAGGAUAUGUUCUUCUAAUGUCGCGACGUAAAAAUUCGCGGACGAUGAUCGAUCGUCCACGCGCGACGCGUAAGUUAUAAUGUGUUAAGGUAAGUCUGACAAUUUCUUUAUCUUUGUAGGAGGUAAUUUUGUAAAACAUUUCGUCGAGUUAUUAGCAAUAAAAGAAAAUGAUC